AUGAAUAACACAAAAUCUUGUGCAUUUUGCAAAAAAAUGUUUUCGAGUGUCGGUGUGUUAAAUCGUCACAUAAAAACGGUGCAUUUUUACUUGUCGGGAUCUUGUCUUCUCUGUGGGGAGACGUUUGAAUCCCAAACAAUUCAAAAGCUGCAUUUAAUUCAAUGCGCAAGGCAUCAUCAAAAUGGACAGGAACAACCAUUGAACCGAAAACAACUACUACCACAAGAACAACAACCACAAAAUCAUCAUCAACAUCAACAACUACCAGCACAACAAAAACAAAUACAACAUCAUGAGAAAUUAAUUGAACAACUCCAAUUACAAAUACGCGAUCUCCAAGAACAUAAUAAGGAACAACAACAAAAACGUCCAUCAAUUUCAUCAGCAGAUUCAAAAAUAAAUGACGAUCAACCAUCAACUUCUGCAGCAGCAAUUGCAUCAAAGAUAAAUAACCAAAGUUUGGUUACUUGCACAUUUUGCGAAGAAAAAAUACCCAAAACAAAUGGGCUCAGCAUAUACGUAAAAAUGCUCACAAAGCCAGAGUUCAAACACUUUAUAAGGAAAACGUAAUGGAAAUAAGGAAUUCGUUUAAAAAUCGCGUAAUUUCCCUUUCCGUACAAAAUAAAAAUGAAAAUGAACUGGAUCCUAAGGUGUUUUUAAAUGACAACAAAGCAAUGAUGCAUGAAAUUCUUCACCGAAAAAUAAAGGAGCACAACUCCAUAAAAUUCAACUUGGAACUUUUUGCAGAGUAUGUAAAAAUAAGUGGUGAGGAAAUGUUGAUAGAGUUAAAAUCAAUGGCUGCAGAAAUGAAAGCAGUUUUCCUGGAAGUGGAAAUAAAUCCAAUUCUCGAGGAAAUGUUUGAGGUUAUCCUCUUCAAAAUGGAUGAAUUCCAAGAAAGGGAUAGUGGAUGGGCACUGAUUAGAAUAAAAUCAGUCGAAAUCAACAUCAACAAAUACCAGCCAUUGAGUGGUUCAAGUUAUUUAUCUUUGCCGAAAAAAAUUGUGGACAAGAGAGCCAUUGUCAAUAUUGAAAACAAAGAUGAAUAUUGUUUUAAAUGGGCAGUUAUAUCUGCUCUUCAUCCAGAGAUUGAGACACAUGUAGGGAGAACAUCUUCCUACUAUCAAGUGUCAGAUAUAUCCAGAGAUAUAAUUGCCCUGGACAAUAUCAUACUGGAUUUCACAGGCCUCUCAUUUCCCCUUGAACUGCCGGAAAUCAAAACAUUUGAAUCGAAAAAUAAUAUAAGCAUCAAUGUUUUUGGAUUUUCUGAGGGAGAAAAACCUCAAAUUGAGGGUCCAUAUUAUAUGACAAUGCAAGAAAAACGCAUUCAUAUUAAUCUUUUAUUCCACAUGAAAGGCGAAGUUACGCACUUUAUGUGGAUAAAACAUAUAAGUCGGUUGAUCACAAGCGAUGUAUUGGAUAGUUCAAGGAGAAGAUUACUUUUCUGCAAUACUUGCUUGCAGCAUUUUUAUAAUGACCACUCGUUUGAUAAACACAAGGGCGAGUGUAAAAAAAUGGUCACAAAAAUGCCAGCCGACGAUAAAAAGAUCAUAAAGUUGGAAAAUUAUGAUAAACAAAUGAUGGUUCCAUUUGUGACAUAUGCUGAUUUUGAAUGCAUUCUCAAACCUGUCCAUACAUGUUUACCGGACCCGUCAACGUCUUCGACAACAAUUCUCCAAGAACACGUUCCAUGUGCAUUCUCAUACUACAUGAAAUGCUCGUUCGAUGAGAACGAAGAUAUAAUGCGGACUUUCAUAGGAGAAAACUGUGCAAGUGAAUUUCUUCACAGUUUAGUUGAAGACACCAUUGACAGAUUCAAUAAACACUUAAAAAGCGUGACACCGAUGAAACCUAUCACAUCCAUGCAGGCGUUUUUAUUUGAGAAGGCAACAAUGUGCACAAUAUGCGCCAUCAAGUUUAACAUCGGAGAGGUAAAGGUGAGGGAUCAUUGUCACCUAACAGGUGAAUAUAGGGGGGCAGCCCAUAAUUUAUGUAAUCUAAAAUUUAAAAUGCCAACUUUUUUCCCAAUUUUGUUUCAUAAUCUAUCUGGUUAUGAUGCACAUCUCUUUUUCAAAUUGCUUCGAGAAAUCGAUGGUGAAAUCAAAGUGAUACCUUUGAACAAAGAAAAAUAUAUUUCUUUUUCAAAGAAAAUCGCUAUUGAUGAAAAACGUUCUAUCGAACUUAGAUUUUUAGACUCUUAUCGCUUUUUGGGUGAUAGCAUAGAUAGUUUAGCUAGAAAUUUAGUUCCCUCAGACUUUAUUAUAACCAGAAAAUGCUUUGAAACAGAGCAAAGCCUGGAUUUAGUAAAGAGAAAAGGUGUAUUUCCUUAUGAAUUUUUGGAUUCUUGGCAAAAAAUGUCUGAACCAUGUCUUCCUGAAAGAGUGAAGUUUUUCAACAAACUCACGAAUGAGGAAUGUUCAACUGAAGAUUAUCAGUUGGCCAUAAGCAUAUGGAAUCAUUUUAACUGCCAUAAUCUUAAAAGUUAUAUGGAAAUAUACUUAAAAAGUGAUGUUGUGUUGUUAGCUGACAUUUUUGAGAACUUUAGAAAAGUUUGUAGGCAUAGAUACAGUUUAGAUCCUUGUCACUACUAUACAGCUCCUGGUUUAUCUUGGGAUGCUAUGUUUAAAGUGACAAAAGUGGAACUGGAACUCUUGACUGACAUUGAAAUGUAUAAUUUCUUUCAAAAAGGGAUAAGAGGCGGCCUUACCCAAUGCAGUCAUAGAUAUUCCAGAGCCAAUAAUAAAUUUAUUGAGUCCUACGACUCUGAAAAACCAUCCUCAUACUUGGUUUAUUUAGAUGCCAAUAAUUUAUAUGGUUGGGCAAUGUCUCAGAAUCUUCCUUGUGGAGAUUUUGAAUGGCAGAACCCACAAAAUUUUUCUCUGGCAUACAUAGAAAGUCUUAAUGAUAUUUAUGUUGGAUAUGUUUUAGAAGUUGAUCUAGAAUAUCCCGAAAAUCUGCAUGAUAUUCAUAACGGUUUGCCUUUUUGCCCAGAAAAUAUAGCAACGCCAGGCUCUAAAUUCAAGAAAUUGGUAGCAAGUUUCUUACCAAAACGGAACUAUGUCAUUCACCUUGAGAGUUUAAAGCAAGCUCUGAAACAUUGUUUGAUUUUAAAAAAAGUCCAUCGUGUGAUUAAAUUUAAACAAUCAAAAUGGCUGGAACAAUAUAUUUCCCUUAAUACCGAACUUAGAAAGAAAGCUAAAACUGAUUUCCAGAAAAGGUUUUUCAAGCUAAUGAAUCUUUCUAUUUAUGGUAAAACAAUGGAAAAUAUUGAGAAACGUUCUGAUGUUAAAAUUGUUACACGGUGGGAAAACAAAAGAAAAUCAUUGGGUGCUAGAGGUUGGAUUGCGAGACCAAACUUCCAUAGUUCCUUGCAAUUUGCUCAUGAGGAUGAUGAGGUUACAAACCCACUGUUGGCUAUACAAAUGAGUAGAUGUAAUAUUACAUUGAAUAAGCCAAUUUAUUUAGGGUUUAUAGUACUUGAGCUCUCAAAAAUUCUAAUGUAUGAAUUCCAUUAUGACUACAUCAAACCAAAAUAUCAUGAAAAUGCUCUUCUUAAUUAUAUGGAUACUGAUUCAUUUAUUUACAAUAUCAAAUCAGAAGACUUUUAUUCUGAUAUUUUGGAUGAUAUACCAUUAAGGUUUGAUACAUAUGACUUUGAUCCCAAUAACCAACAUAAUAUUCCCAGGUUAAAUAACAAAGUCUUAGGUAUGUUUAAAGACGAAACCUGUGGGAGUAAAAUGUUGGAAUUUGUUGGUUUGAGAGCUCGUUCACUGUACAAAAUGCUAAUUCUGUCCAAAAAGCGAAAGGAGUCAAAAGAUCUGUCACCAAACGGUUACGAAUAGAUGAUUAUAAAAGAUGUCUAUUUAAUAAAAUUGAUAGAUAUGAAAAAAUGUUAACUUUUAGGAGUAAAUUACAUACAAUUUACACCCAAAAUUUAAACAAGUUGGCUCUUAGUUUUAAGGACACAAAAAGAUUUAUAUGUGCAGAUAACAUCAGCACUCUUGCCUGGGGACAUAAAAAUAUACCCAAUGACAAUGAUCCCUUACC